AUGUCGCAACAGCUUGCUCCGCGUAUCGCACCCAUCCUUUCUCUCCCUGUAGAGGUCUUCCUCAACAUCAUAUCCCUUGCCACUGUCACUGUCUUCGACGUCAUCAAGUACACACAGGUCUCCCGCCGAUUCAACGACGUGCUCCGCGGAGACCCAACCCUCUGGACCAAGGUCUACUUUCUCAUUUCGAACUCUGGUCAGGUUGAAAGGCUCCUCCGCGGGAUCGACCUCGCCGUCAGUAACUCAGGCAGUCUCCCACUGGGCUUGUUACUUGAAAUCGCUGCUGUUCUUGCCGACGACCAGCUCAACAGCAUCCUCGGCCGCAUUGUGUCGUCAUCGUCUCGAUGGGACAAUGUGCUCUUGGAUGUGUCUGACAGCAACGGCCUAUUCCGCGCUGUAAGCUGGGCUUCGCACCUGGCACCGGCCAGAUCCCCAACUCCGUUCACCAACAUGCAGUGCUUUGCUAUCAACGUGUCGGGAGCUGCGCCAGACCACGGAGGCGAAGGGCCUAUCACGAACGUCCCUGUUCCGAGUUUCUACAAUCUUGAUGAUUGGAAUCUUCCGCAACUCUUCCCGAACCUUCGCGUGGUGGUGCUCACUGGGUUGGAUUUUGCAUCAGGCCACCAGUUACCCGCUCAGUUUGCCAUCACGUCCCUUGAAGAGAUACACCUUGACGGUGUCUUCAAUGAAGCUCCACCACUCAUGGUGAAGGAGAUCUUGGCUCGCGCCGUGAACCUAAAGCACCUAAAUUUGGGCACCUGCGACUGUAGCACCUUUAACGCUCCUGGGGUUCCGACUUCGAAUUCAACUCCUUUCCGACACCAUUCCCUUCAGAUUCUAGAGAUUGAUGCCGGAAUUCACUUUAUCGGAAAUCAAAUUCGAACCUUAACCUUGCCAUCCCUCGGUACCCUCUUCCUUGGAAGUAAGGGGAAAGACGGUGUUUACGCAGGCGAUUUUGUGGGAGACUUUCUUGAGAUGAUAGGUCGAUCCGGUUGCGAGUUGAAAUACCUCGAACUCGAUUGUAUUACCUGUCUCUCCAACGAGGACAUGGUCCGACUCUUUUCAGGCCUUCCACACCUCACGUGGAUCAGGAUCUGCAUCACGGGCACAGAUAUCGACGAGCGCCUAUUCACCAUGCCAUUACAAAGGUCAACCAACGGCUCGAUCCUGCCCCGAUUGGAGUUUUUGGAAGUGUGGACUGAGGGCUCUGGUACCUUUCCCACUCAGUCCUUUAUAAAUUUCGUCCAGGAUCCUCGGCGGAUGGGUGGUGGUCCAUUUGCUUAUCUUCGAGCGGCGUCGCUUAAGUUUGCCCGUAGCGUAGCUUAUAGCCGACCUUAG